GCGGGAUUUACCACGGUACUCGAACGCAGCACCAGAUCGGCUACCACGGCAACGCUGCCCAACAGAGAGGAAGAUGGUCUACAUCACAGAGGAGCUGGUGCGCCGGCGGGCCGAGCACAACGGGGGUGAGAUCUCCUCCCUGGAGGAGCUGUCCCUGCACCAGCAGGACCUGGAGAGCAUCCAGCACCUGCAGCGCUGGAGCAGAGAGCUGAGGAUCCUCUACCUGCAGAGCAACCUCAUCCCACGCAUCGAGAACGUGGGGCGCCUGAAGAAGCUCCAGUACUUGAAUCUGGCCUUGAACAACAUCGAGGUCAUUGAGAACCUGGAAGGCUGUGAGAGUCUGGAGAAGCUGGACCUCACGGUGAACUUCGUGGUUCUGCUGAGCGGUGUUGUUUCCCUGCAGCAGAACCUGCAGCUCCGUGAGUUGUUCCUGGUGGGGAACCCGUGCUCCCAGUUUGAGGGCUACAGGCAGUACGUGGUGGCCACCCUGCCUCAGCUGAAGUGGCUGGACGGGGUGGAGGUCAGCCGCUCGGAGCGACUCCGGGCCUGUUGGGGUCUGGAGGAGGUGAGGAGGCGAGUGAGGGAGCAGGAGGAGGAGCACCUGGAGAGGAGAGCCGCGCAGAAGGAGGAGGCGCGCAAGGAGAAAGGAGACGAGGAGAGGAAACCAGGCCGUGGCGGCGGCCCAGCGUCGGAGGAGAACCAGGAGGAGGAGGAGCGGCGGGAGGAGGAGUUCUGGCACACGCCGUGUGCGUUCACCCCCGAGUCUCGUCUGGAGGCCCACCGCCACCUGAAGGAGAAGAAGGAGAAGAAGGAGAAGGAGAAACCUCCACCUAAUGACCUCCACCUAAUGACCUCCACCCCCCUCAGACACAUGGACUCCUCCUUGGUGGACGUGGACGUCCAGCCAACGUACGCCAGAGUCACGGUCAAAGGAAAGGUCUUCCAGAUGGUCCUGCCGGCCGAAGUGAAGCCGGACAGCUCGACGGCCCGGAGGUCCCAAACCACGGGCCACCUGGUCCUCACCAUGCCCCGGGCUGAAGGUGAAAUCAAAGUGACGGAGGUCGUCCCUCGGCCGGCGUGUCCGACCAGCAGCUCGCCGGCAGACCACGAAAGAAGACCCGUCGGCGGUCCCGAGUGGCUGGAGGUCGACCCCAGCCGGAGCACGGCCGUCCACCUCGCCAACAUUGUGCGGCGCCGGAGCGCCGAACAGGCUCCGCCCACCGCCACGCCACGCCACGCCAUCUCUGACGGGUUCGUGGACGACCCAGAUGUCCCCCCACUGCUAUGAGAGUCUAAGACCCCCAUGUCCCCCCACUGUUAUGAGACUAAGACCCCCAUGUCCCCCACUGCUAUGAGAGUCUAAGACCCCCAUGUCCCCCCACUGUUAUGAGACUAAGACCCCCAUGUCCCCCACUGCUAUGAGACUAAGACCCCCAUGUCCCCCACUGUU